UUCAUAAAAAAUGAGUAAACGAGGAUCAGUUUUAAGUCAAAUUCAGAGUUUUGACGCGUAUGCCAAAACUCUCGAUGAUUUUCGCGUUAAAACAUAUUAUGGAGCGAUAUUGACGAUUAUAAGUGCAAUUUUGAUUUGCAUAUUACUUUGGUCAGAGUAUUGUGAUUACCGAACACCAGAAAUGAAACCACAAUUAGUUGUAGAUAAAAGCAGAAAACAAAGGCUCGAAAUUAAUAUUAAUAUUACUUUUCCACACGUGCCAUGUUAUUUAUUAAGUGUAGAUGUAAUGGAUAUCGCAGGAGAAACACAUAAUGAUUUAGUUCAUGAUAUUUAUAAAACUAGAUUAGAUCCUGAUGGUAAUGAAAUUCAUAUUGAAAAAACACACGAAUUAGGAGAUCAAGCAAAAGGUAUAAAUAAAGUAUUAAAUGAUACAAAAGUAGUAUAUAAUGAAACUUAUUGUGGUAGCUGUUAUGGAGGAGAAUUACCAGAGAGCGGAUGUUGCAAUACAUGUGAAGAAGUGAGAGAAGCUUAUAUUAAAAAAGGAUGGUCAUUUGGUGAUACUGAUUCAAUUGAACAGUGUGUAAAAGAAGGGUGGAAAGAAAAAGUAUCGCAACAAUCAAAAGAAGGUUGUAACGUAGCAGGUAGUGUAAGAGUAAAUAAAGUAGCUGGUAACUUUCAUUUAGCUCCUGGUAAAAGUUUUCAGCAAAAUAAUAUUCAUCUACAUGAUUUACAACCUUUUUUAAAUGAUGGUGUAAAUCAUGAUUUUACUCAUGAGAUACAUCAUCUAAGUUUUGGUCCUAAAGUACAAGGGGUUGUAAAUCCUUUAGAUGGUAUUGGUAGAAGCGUUUCUCAAGGACAUUAUAUGUUUCAAUAUUUUGUUAAAGUAGUAUCAACGCAAUUUCAUUAUUUGAAUAAAACCACAAUUGAUACGAAUCAAUAUUCUGUUACUCAAUAUGAAAGGGAUUUAACUGGUAGAGAUACAAGUGGUCACGUUCAUACUCAUCAAGGUGGUCUCCCAGGCGUAUUUUUUAAUUAUGACAUAUCUCCAAUGUUAAUUAUAAAUCGCGAAGAGAGAAAAUCUUUUACACAUUUUUUAACGGGUGUAUGUGCAAUUGUGGGUGGUAUAUUUACCGUUGCUGGUAUAUUAGAUGGUUUUAUUUAUAAUGCUCAAAAAACUUUGCAAAGAAAAAUUGAAUUAGGAAAACAUUUGUAAAAAAAUUAUUAUUAAUUAUCACUAAUAAUUAGAUAGAAAUAUUAUAUAAUGUUAUUUAGUGCCGUCGUAUAAGGUUGAAUGGGUAUGUUUUUUUUUUAAAAAAAAUAUUAAUUAGAAUAAAAAUU